AUGGGGAAUCCCAACAAUGCGACGGAAUUCAUUCUUUUGGGCAUUGCAAAGAAUCCAGAGCUGCGGAAAAUACUCUCUGCUGUGUUUCUAAUCAUGUAUGUGUCCACCAUUUUGGGAAACCUCCUCAUUGUGGUAACUGUGGUCACAAGUCAGAGUCUGAGGUCCCCCAUGUAUUUUUUCCUUAUGUCCUUCUCUCUCACGGAUGUCACCUACUCUUCCGUCAUUGCCCCCAAGAUGAUUGCGGACUCCCUCUCUGAGAGCACUGCCAUCUCCCUCAAAGCCUGCAUGACCCAGCUCUUCAUUGACCACUUCUUUGGUGGAGUGGGCAUCAUCCUUCUCAUCGUGAUGGCCUAUGACCGCUACGUGGCCAUCUGUAAGCCCCUGCACUACAUGACCAUCAUGAGGCCUCAGAUGUGCUGCUUACUACUGGGAGGGUCCUGGGUGGGGGCAUUGACCCAUGCAACAGUGCAGCUUCUCUUCAUGUAUCAAAUUCCCUUCUGUGGCCCUAAUGUCUUUGAUCAUUUUAUGUGUGAUUUGUUCCCACUGUUGAAACUGGCCUGCAUGGACACCCGCAUCCUGGGCCUCUUAGUCAUCCUCAACAGUGGGGUGAUGUGUGUGGCCAUCUUCCUCAUCCUCAUCACUUCCUAUGUGGUCAUCCUCUGCUCCCUGAAGUCCUGCAGCUCCGAAGGGCGGCGUAAAGCCCUCUCCACCUGUGGCUCCCACCUCAUGGUGGUCUUCAUGUUCUUUGUGCCUUGUAUUUUGUUGUACAUGAGGCCUGUGGUCACUUACCCCAUAGACAAAGCAAUGGCUGUGUCCUUUACCAUCGUUGCACCCAUGUUAAAUCGCCUGAUCUACACCCUGAGGAACAUGGAGGUGAAAAACGCCAUGAGGAAACUGUGGAUGAAACAAGGGGCCUUGUGUGGUCAUUACCUUACAUGCUAA